UCGUUGGGGUUUUGCCACGACAAUGUCGAUGGGCAGGCCAAAUGAUGGCGACACUCAGUUAGCGUUAGCGGAACAGAAAUCGGCUCUCUCACCGCGACCUCCGUCGGCGGCAUCGACGGCGAUUGUAGAGUACGAGAAGCCGGUAUUCAAGGAGGUCGAAGAGGAACUAGAGGUGAAGCUCCGCCGCGUUAGUAACACCUCCGGAAGUUCCGCUGGUUCUGUGUCCCGUGAUUUCCACCAGUAUCGACUGAUGAGACAGAAAGAGCAAGACAGGCUUGCAAGAAUGGAUGCUGAUUACCAGAAAAGGAAGGAACUAGCUGAGUUUAACACAAGAAGGGAAGAAAGAUUGAAAGCUGCUGAGAAGCGGACUGCAAAUAAGUGCCUGAAACGCCAAAAGAAAAAGCAAAGGAAAAAGGAGAAGAAGAUGAAAUCGAGUGCUGAGGGAGAAGAAAAUAAGAAGGAAGAGUCUUCGGAUGAUGAAGGAGACUCAGAAAAUGAUGAAGCAGCAACACAAUGAACAAAUUUUUACUUGAUAUUUAUGCUCCGACCUUGGUCCUGUGAACUUGGCUCCAAUUAGAAGGAACCAGACAUACCAACAACGAGACAUUGUGGUCUGGUUGUUCUUAUGUAUACUGAGUUGAGCUUGGUCUUCUUUGUGUGCAUACUAGUGAGAAGUGAAGGUAUGAAACCAGUGACAAUCAGGAAGAUUUCUGUUUCAUGACCAAGAUGCAAGCAUUUUGGGCAUUGUUUGGGUUGCGUUAAUUUGGAUUAUUCAACCAUUUAAUUAUUCUAUGUUGAACUGAUUGAAUAUACCACAUAGUAAAUAUGGCUCCAAUAAAUGCAUAUUUAGUGAUCAGUCACAGAAAAGGUUAUGUAAUGGCCAAAUCAGAGAAUUAGCAUAU